UUUCGCCUAGCCCACCCUACCAGCUCUCACUUGCCGCCACAAUGCCCCGCACGCCCCUCCGCAUCGCUGUCCUCGAAUGUGACACCCCGCCCGAAUCCAGCAACGCCAAAUACGGCGGCUACGUCGGGGUCUUCAAGACCCUCCUCUACAGCAGCGUUAGAGAACUUUAUAAACAAGAAGAAGUCGACCCGUCUUCUAUCCUCGAGAUCUCGCGCUUUGAUGUCGUCACGGCACAAAACUAUCCGGAUUUGGCGAAUGUUGAUGCGGUUCUGUUGACGGGUUCUAAACACAACUCCUUCGAAGACCACCCCUGGAUACUAAAACUUGUUGAGUUCACUAAAAAGGCGAUCGAGCACCCACGUGUCAAGCUAUUGGGUAUAUGUUUUGGACAUCAGAUCAUUGGAAGAGCCCUCGGUGUCGAAGUUGGGAGAAAUAGCGCGGGAUGGGAGAUUGCUGUUUGCGAUGUUGAUUUGACGGAAAAGGGGAAAGAGUUGUUUGGUGUUGAGACACUGAAAAUCCAACAAAUGCACCGUGACAUCGUCUUUGCGUACCCCGAUGGUGUGACCCCGCUGGGCAGCUCGCCGAGGUGCGAAGUCCAGGGAAUGUACAAGGCAGGGAAGUUUAUUACAGUGCAGGGGCAUCCGGAGUUCAAAGAGGAUAUUGUUUCUGAGGUGGUGAACUUGCGGGCUGCGGCGGGUGUUUUUGAUAAGGGGCAGGCUGAGGAUGCAUUGGAGAGAGCCGGAAAGCCGCAUGAUGGAAUUGCUAUUGGGGUGGCUUUUCUGAAGUUCUUGUUAGAGUAGAUGAAUGGGGGGCCAUAGAUCAUUUAGCGUUAUGAAUAGAAAUAGAUUAUGACUCGAAA